CGCCGUGACCUUGCAUUCAGACCCAACCUCAUACCUUUUCUCCCACAGCUGCACAGCAAGGAAACGACGUGCGCAGUCCUCGUUCGAAGGCUGGCCGACAUUAGCAACAACGCGCAGGGCUGAUAAAUAGUCCAUUGGACAUACGCAGCAAUCGCAAUGGCUUACGAGAUGUCGCGGCUGGGCGGUCGAGCCCUGAACCGAGACGCUGGUGGUGGCCACGGCAACGAAGACGACAUCGAGCGAGAAUACGACCGUCUGCGCGAUCUAGCGCGCGCUGAGGCUGAUAAGCGCAACGACUGUUUUCGACGUUCCAGGCAAGCCUACGAGGACGGAGAUGGUGCCGCUGCCAAAGAGCUAUCCAACCAAGGCAAACGCCAUGAUGCGAAAAUGGACGACUAUAACCGCCAGGCGUCUGAAUUUAUCUUCCGCGAGAACAACGCUGCCGGCCGUAACGAGGCUGAUGUCAUUGACCUCCACGGCCAAUUUGUCGAAGAGGCCGAGCGGAUUCUCGAGCAGCGCAUUCGCGCUGACCAAGCUGCGGGGCAACACCAUCUUCACGCUAUCGUUGGGAAAGGAAAUCACUCUGACGGCCACGUGCAGAAGCUGAAACCCAAGGUCGAGGAACUCUGCCGGGAGAUGGGCCUGAACUACCGGACAGAGGAGAACGCGGGAAGGAUCUUUAUCAACUUGCAAGGAGGCGAGCCGCAAGGACCGCAGGAAGUACCAGUCUACCACGGUGGCCAGGGCGGUCAAUCAGGCUACCCCGGAGCACAUCACGGUGGGCAGCAGCAGCAGGGCCAGCAGCAGGAUGAAGUGGAGGAGAUGGUCAAGAAGCACUUGCCUCGCUUGCUCAAGAAGCUUGAGAAGCAUUGUUGCGUUGUCAUGUAAGCAGCUCCCAGAGGCUUGCGUGUGGUUUUGGCAUAAUUAUACCAUUUGCAUUUGGAUACGUAUACAAUUGUUUUAGAUCGAGAUAAGAUUUCACGCAGUUAUCAGCAGCGAAUUGACUUGGUCGGCAAUGAUAAAAAAAAA